ACUCUAGUUCGCUUUAUAACAAAUUGAGUAUAAAAUAGAAUUGUGAUCUGUUAAGCAAAAGAAGUUUAAUACUAAAAGAAAGUUCAAGUGCACGCAAUCAUACAAAAACAAAAAUAAGCAAAACAAAGCAAGAAACAAAAUUAAUAGCAGUGAAAAAGUUCGCCAAUGCAAACAUACUCGUGCUCAUCUACUGAAUCUAUGCAUGUACACACAUGCAAACAAACAUAUGUAAAUUAGUAAUAAACAAUUUUCAAUUGCAAAAUGCGAAUUAUGAAGCUGCCAAGUGCUGCAAACAUUUGUGUUUGUGUAAUUGUGUUGUGCACUGUUUGGCUGUGCAAUUUAUGUAGGAGUACUCAGGCGGAGUCAGUUUAUGUGCAGGAUUUGAAGGGUCUAACGUGGACGCUCACAAAUGGCACUUAUACCAACACCAAAGUCAAAAUACCCUCCGGUGUGUACAGCGCCAUAUCAGGGGAAGAUGUACUCAAAUCCUAUAACGAUGUUGAUCUGCGCCAUAUUUCAUACGGCAACUGGACCUAUUCCCUUGAGUUUGCCGAAGAAAUUAAAGAUGCGCGUCUGGUCAAUCUAACAUUCCAUGGUAUUGACACCAUUUCGGAAAUUUACCUCAACGGCCACUUGUUGGGCUACACCGACAAUAUGUUUGUGCGUUACACUUACGAAGUGGGUCACAUUUUGGAGGAUGUGAAUCGAUUGGUGGUGCGCCUGACUUCGCCAGUGCAUGCCGCACGUGUCAAGGCUGAUGAGUUGGCGGCACGCAAUAUGUCUGUGCCACCCGCUUGUCCACCCGUCAGCUAUCGCGGUGAAUGUCACAUGAAUAUGCUGCGUAAAAUGCAAGCUAGUUUCUCAUGGGACUGGGGGCUGGCGGCGCCCUCAAUGGGCAUCUGGAAAACCGUAACGUUGGAAUAUUACGAGGUUGCUUUGAUACGCGAUGUGGAUGUGGCAAUUAGUCGCAAUGAAACGCAUUGGAAUAUGCAUACGCGCGUCUUCGUCGAUUCUGGCAGCAGACAGGAUUUCUAUGCUGAACUUACAUUUUAUGCAAUUGAGCUAAUGGCGGAGCCGGUGACUAUAAAUACUUACGCUGAACGUAAGCUUUCGUGGCAGAAUCCAGCCAUUAUUUUCGACUACGCAGUACCCAUUCAAAAUGUUCAUCUGUGGUGGCCGAAUGGUUAUGGCGAUCAGAAAUUAUAUCCAUUGCAAUUCUCACUCAAGACGUGGCUCCAACGAAGCGGACCCCGUUUGCGUGCGCGCACCACUUCCACCAAGAGUAUACGAGUAGGUUUUCGUACCAUCGAGCUCGUGGAAGAUGCAGCCAGAGAAGGCGUUGGUGACUACUUUUUAUUCAAAGUAAAUGGCGUGGAGAUAUUCAUGAAGGGCACCAAUUACAUACCUAUGCACAUAUUGCCCGAGCUGAGCUACGACGAAGAACAAAUACGAUAUCUUUUGCACUCCGUCAAAGAGGCCAAUAUGAAUAUGAUUCGCAUUUGGGGUGGCGGCGUUUAUGAGAGCAAUGCCUUCUACGAAGAAGCUGAUAAGUACGGCAUACUAAUCUGGCAGGAUAUGAUGUUUGCGUGCGCCAUGUAUCCAGCCACAGAUGAGUUUCUUGCCACAGUGCGCACAGAAGUCAUACAGAAUGCCAAGCGUAUUGCCUAUCAUCCAAGCAUUGCCAUUAUUGCGACGAAUAAUGAAAACGAACUGGCACUGGUGGGCAAUUGGUAUGGUACCGCCGGUGAUCGUACACGUUUUGAGGCUGAAUAUCGUGAAUUGUAUGUGGGCACUGUCUUUCACGAACUGAAGAUCAUACAGGACAGCGCGCGUCCUAAGCCGCUGAUUUCGUCACCAUCCAAUGCCAAGGCGAGUGAAAAGGAUAAUUAUAUAUCGAAUAAUCCUGGCGAUGCGAAUUAUGGCGAUAUUCACUUCUAUACGAACUUUGAGGAUGCUUGGGAUCCGAACAUUUAUCGGCGUCCACGUUUCGCUUCCGAGUAUGGCUUUCAGAGUUUGCCGAAACUCACUUCAUGGCAGCUAACCAUGCAGCCCAAGGAUAAUCUGUUCAAUUUAAUACAUCACCGCCAGCACCAUCCCUCGAAUAUGUCGCUUAUAAAUGCCUUGAUAAGACGUCAUUUGCCAUUGCCACUGCCCGAGGCUGAUAACUACGUUGAGGCGUUGAUUUAUUUCAGCCAAAUUUCGCAGGCUAUGGUUACGAAAAUCGAGACGGAGGUUUAUCGCAGUUUGAGAGACACUGAGCACCACACAAUGGGCGCACUCUACUGGCAGUUGAACGAUGUGUGGGUGGCGCCAUCUUGGUCCAGCAUUGAUUUCUAUGGAAAUUUUAAGCUGCUCCACUAUUGGGCUAAGGCGUUUAUGGCUCCAAUACACAUUGUCGCACUUUAUGACACCGAUCAGGAUGCCCUGAAUGUGUCUUUGAUUUGUGAUAAACUAGAAGUGGAGCAGGAGGGUCUUGAGGUGUCUAUGAAUAUUUACAAAUGGUCUGAUUUGUUUCCCAAGCAGCAAACUAUUUGGCCGGUUGCUUUGAAACCGAAUGGCGUGCAGUACGACAAGAUAAUUCCGAUUUCAAGCAUUUUCCAGAAUGACUUCACCAAGACCAACUCCUUCGUCGAGUUCGUUUUGCGUGAUAGUACAGCCGUAAUCGCGCGCAACUUUUACUACCCCAGUCCGAUAAAGAAUGCUGAGGGUGUGGCUGAUCCGCAAGUAACUUUAAAGGUUUUCUACUCCUACUGCUACCGAGCGAAUGAUCGUUACGCGAAUAUAAUCAGUUUGAAUAUUUCCGUUGCCAAGCCCGCUAUUUUCCUGUACCUCGAGCUACUCAAUGCCAAUAUCACUCGAUAUAAAUUAUCGAAUAAUGGUUUCAUGAUGUUGGUGCCGACGAAGAUGGUGCAUUUGGAGUUCUACAGCAGCGAAUGCCUGGAUGUCAAAGAGAGUGAUUUUAGAGUUUCAACUGUCAACCAAUUCAUGCUGUAAUGCCGCUGCACUGAGAGUUUCUACUUAUACAAUUUUUAAAUAUUUGCUUAAUGCCAAAGAACUCGACAUAGUUAAUAUUUCCAAAGAAAAUGUCUGAUAAAGUUAAAAUAGAGAAUGAAUUUAAACUCAUUAAAUUUUGAUAUCUAAAUGGUUUAGAGAACUUUAAUUUUCUUUUGAGCUCCAAUGGUCAGUUUGGAUAAAGAAUAAUAGAAUACAAGAUUCAGCAGAUUGAAGUGAAAAAAUGAUCGCAAUAAGCGUAAAUGAAAAUGAAAACAUGGAUGAGGUCAAUGUACCAUAAAUGAAGCAGAUAAUAGAAAAAUAAUGCAAAAAAGUUUGUUUCAAAUACAUUCUGUCAAAAAAGUGUCGGAAUUUAUUCAAUAAAACGCAAAAUAAUUGUUUAAUCAUCAAAACUUA